AUCAUCAUGUGGAAUAUCUGUUUUACUAAGCACCUCGAUAUCUGCCGUCAUGGCCACUAUAAAUACCCGCGCUUGCGUUGACUAUCGGCAUCCGAGAGCGCAUCUCUUCUCCGCUUGGCCACAUAUAAAGCUGCACGCCUUGGACGACUCUUUGAUUCUCCCUCACAAUGGCUCCCAGAACUCAUGAGCAAUGGGUCGCAGAUCAGACUGGACCCGUACCUGCUGUUGUUACUGCUGAUUUGAGCAGGAAAACACUCGUCCUUAUUGGCGCUAAUGCUGGACUGGGAUUCGAAGCGGCAAAGCAUUUUGCUAGGAUGAAUCCUGCGCGGCUGGUGCUGACUGCGAGAGAUGAAGCGAAGGGGAAGCAGGCUCUGACCGAGAUCCAAGCCAACACUGGCUACUCCAAAGCAGAACUGUGGAUUAUCGAUCUCGCCAAUUUCAACAGUGUCGUUGCGUUUGCUGAUAGGGCCGAACGUGAACUGGAGCGACUGGAUAUCCUCAUAGAGAAUGCUGGCAUUGCGACUUCGAACUACGAACAAGUUGAAGGCUGGGAGAAAACCAUACACACAAACAACCUUGGACCCGGUUUACUCGCUAUUCGUAUGCUUCCCAAGAUGCUCGAAACCGCGCGCAAGUAUUCAGUCAACCCAAGGCUUGUCGUCGUUGCGAGCGACGUGCACUAUUGGACGAAAAUUGAAAAGGACGUCAUCGCUUCCCCUGGCAUCCUCGCGAAGCUGUCAGACAAGGAAUAUUGCACAGAGGAAGUGAUGAACCACCGAUAUCAUGAUACCAAAUUGUUCAACGUUCUCUUCGCUCGUGCUCUGCAACUUCAUGUCCCAGCUUCCCCAGCAAUCACCGUGGACUCUGUUAAUCCCGGACUCUGUUUCUCAGGCCUCGGUUCCGGUGCCUCUGCCGAGCAGGCGGAACGUAUGCGAAAGAUGAGAGAGGAAUUUGCGUUCACUACUGAAGAAGGGAGCCGGCAAUUGGUGUACGCUGCUGUAGGAUCUCUGGAUAAUGAGGAGAAGCUUCGCGGAAAGUAUAUUCAUCUGUCCGAGGUUGUGGAGGAGAGCGACUUUGUGAUCAGCGAGGAUGGGAAGAUCGUCCAGGAUAAAGUUUGGGACGAAAUGCUAGAGAUUCUGGGUAAAAUCGAUCCCAAGGUCUCGGAAGUGGCCAAAGCAUAUCUGACGAAGGCUUGAGAUUCCCUUGUUUUUGAUGAAUGUACAGUGUAUCGG